CUGAUUGGUUGUGCUCUAGCCCCACCGCAAAAGAAUUUGCUAUUUUGACAUUGAUUUUGCUUGUGGACUUUUUAGCUCGCAAACUUUCCAGCGCUAGUAUUUUAUAUUAAAAUAAGUUAGGAAAUGUUGUGUCGCGGUGUCAUGAGGGUCGUUCGACCUUCUGCUAUGGGCUUGUGGUCCAGUCUCAAGCUGAAGGACAACAAGGUGUGUCACAGGACACCAGUCAGCGUCCGCCACUGCAGCAGCAGCGAAGAGGAGAAAAUCAGCCGCUAUCCUGUGCCUUACAAGAAAAACCUGCCCUAUGACAUUGUGGAGCUGAUGGAGGAGGUUGAGAUGAAGGGUGGCUUCCUGCCAAACGUAUUCAAGGUCCUUGCUCACCGACCCGCCGAGUUCCGAGCUUUCUUCGCUUAUUAUAAUUUGCUCAUGAACAAAGAGACUGGAGGUUUGUCGAAGGCAGAUCGGGAGUUGAUUGUGGUGGCAACCAGCGCCUUCAAUAACUGCCUGUACUGCGUCGUAUCACACAGUGCACUACACCGUAUCUACUCUAAGAAGCCCAAGCUAGCUGAUCAGGUGGCAGUGAAUUAUAAAGUUGCAGAGCUUACUGCACGGGAGCGAGCCAUGCUGGACUUUGCCCUGAUUGUGUGUCGCAGUGAGACAGUAACAGACGAGCACUUCAGCUCACUCGAGGCUCAAGGAUUUGAUCGCGAGGAUAUCUGGGACAUCGCUUCCAUCGCCGCCUUCUUUGCCUUGUCCAACCGCAUGGCGCACCUCACAGACAUGAGACCCAACACAGAGUUCUACAACUUGGGCAGAGUGCCUCGAGACAAACGUCCACCAGGCACAGAGAACGACAGGUCAUAGAGCAAAGUAGUGAUAGAGUAGAGAUGUGAAUGAAAUAUCAUCCUCACCAUACCUGAAGAGAUUUUCAUGAUAAACGAUACAUCGCAUUAUUUAGGUUUGUUACAGAAUUGCGAGCCAAACUAGGGGCUGAAUGGUAUUUUUAUUGAACUGAUAACUUAUUCAACCAAUAAACUGAAUCAUUUAGUAGUA